CACUUUAAGCAAAAUGGCGGACGUCUGCACGAUACGGGAAGCUGUGGAGUCGGACCUCCCGCACGUGAUGGAGUGGUGGCGCGACGCAUUCAACUUCGAAUUCGAUCUAGAAACGUUGAAGAUCAUGCUGCAGCAUGGAGAGGGGGGCGGAUCCUUCACAGCGGUGACAUCUAGCGGAGAACCAAUCGGGUUCGUGAACUGUGCAGUCGCCGGCGACACAGCGUUCGGCGGACACUACAUCGUGCGGCGGGACGCGCGCGGCACGGGAGCCGGUCGUCUGCUCUCGCAGCGACUACUCGCUCACGUCGGCGGCCAGCGCUCGCUCGGCAUCAACUCCGUCGCCUACCGCGUCGCCCCCAAUAAGAAGAUCGGCUUCACGACGGAAUCGUUCACGAUGACGUUCCGCUAUUACACCGUCAACCACGCCGCGCCGCCGCCGCUCGACGAUGAUGACGUCAUCGGUACGACAAGUGAUGACGUCAUCGUGAAGCCGUACGACGAGGGGAUGCUGGAGGCGGUGCUGGCGUACGAUCGCGGGAUCGCGGGUCACGACCGCGGCGCCUACCUGCGUCCGUGCCUGCGCGCCUACGGGAAGCUGACGAUGGUUGCCAUGGACGCCGCCGCCGCAGGGGCGAUCACCGGCUACGCGGUCGCCAGCGACAUGACGGGAUGCGUGUCGCACGGCAUCUUCCCGCUGUACGGCGAUGAUCCGCGCGUGCAGCGCCACCUGCUGGCGAGUCUGCUGGCGGCGCUGCCCGACGGUGCGGAGGCGUGCGCGCUGACGCCCGACGCUAACGCGCAUGCGUCGCGCAUGCUGGAGCGGAUCGGCUUCCGCUACGACCUCCAGACAACGAGGAUGUACACGGGACGCGCGCUGAUACUGCCGCUGCAGAAAUGCCUGUCCAACCUCAACUUCGAUGCCUGCGCCAUCUAGCGGCGCCUGGCGUAGUUUUUGGGCGAGAUUAAGAAAUUAAGAGAUUAAUUGAUAGAUUAAUUAAUUGAUAAUUAAAUGAUUAACUUAACUAAUUGUUAGAAAAAUUAAUGGAUUCAGAGAUUAGUUUUAUUCGAGAUAAACAAAAUGGAAAAAAUUUAUCGAUUGAUAAUGAAAAGCGUUUAAUUUUGCGAGGUGUGCACGGGCGUCUAUUGACGCUUAUACGUCUGUAACAAUCACGAUGACGAUGUUAGAAUUCAAUGUAACAAUAAAGCACUAAAUAAAAAAUGCCGAGAAUGUUUUGAUG